GCGGCGUCUGAGCUUUGGACUUGGACUUUUUUUUUCUGGUUCGACAGAACCACAUCCCACGAUCAGGCACUGGGUGUCUUUUGCACAGUUUUAUUCUACUUUUUACUCAGAUACUUUUCUCACAUCAUGGGUCCACCUUUCAAACGUCGUAAGGUCGGCAAGAUCGACAAGGUCGAAGAAGUCAGUUUCGACCCAGCCGCCCGCGAAGAAUUCUUGACUGGGUUCCGGAAGCGCAAGCAGCAGCGUAUCAAGCAUGCGCAAGAGAUCGCGAUUAAGAGGGCGAAAGAAGAGAAGCGGCAGGAUCGCCAAAAGCUUCGCGAAGAGCGAGCGGCAGAGUUCAAGCGAGCGAUGGAAGAACACAAAUUACAGCUGAAGCGUCUUAAGGAGGAGGAUACCAGCGACAAUGGCGAAUCAGAUGCCGAAGAAGAGAGCGACGACGAGUGGGAAGGUAUUGAGGAACCGCCCGCGGUGGACUACGAAGCCGAAUACAUCGACGAAGACAAGUACACUACAGUCACCGUGGAAGAGAUAGACAAUUCUCGAGAGGGUCUACGCAAGUCGAUUCUUGGAGAAGAUUUAGAGGAGCUGGAGAAGGCUAAGGCCAAAGCAGAAGAAGGGGCGAAAAAGAAGGCAGAGGAAGAAGCCCUGGCGGCUAAAAAGAGGAAAGCGACGACCGACAAGCCCAAGAAGAAGAAGAAGCAGUUCCGGUACGAAAGCAAGCAGGAUCGCAAACUUGCCGCAGCUAAGCAGCGCUUGUCAAAGUCAAAGAAAGCCAAGGCCCGGAGGGAGAAAUGAGGGGAUGUUCAAUGUUAAGCGCGAGGAAGUGCCUCUCGCAGCGAGGCGAUAUAUAUGCACAUGUGUUAUACCAUCUAGGAACUACUUCAGGGCCCCAAAAAUCUUGGUGCUUAAUCAGAUCUAUGAUUCACGAGACCAACGCUGGCGAUAGAAGAGCGGUAAUUAAUUUGCAAGACAAAAACGGGCACCUUGGUUGCACAUCGCAUAUGAGCUAUUGGGGACGCGGUCUCCAACAGCGCGGUAGGGGAAGUAACGCAAAUCUGGUUACAAAAUGAAACAAGCAGACAAUUGGAAAGGGAAGUAGCCUGCAUCCAACCCCAACGUCCCCCGACACCCUACACCGAUACCCUCGGUCCGCCAGUUUAGACGUUGCUGAUGGAAACCUCGAGCUCGUGCAGAUCCUUCUGCAACUCGGCGUGCUUCUUGGCCAUCUCCUCGUACUUGGCCUCCCACUGGUCACGCUCCGUUUCGAGAGCCUGCACUUUGCGCUCGUAGUGGCCGGCCUUGACGUCGGUUUGACGGAGCCUAGGGAAGCGAGCGUGUUAGCAAGGUUCUCCGAUACAAACGGCGAUCAGACAAAUGCCAUGGAAAUGCGCCAUACUUCUCGUUUGUCUCACGGAGAGUCCGGUCGUUCUCCUCGGCCUCCUCUUCGAGGAGCUGCACACGCCGCUGGAGGGCCUCGUUCUGGGUAUCGUGCUGGGCACUCUGGUCGGCGGCACUCUUGGCUUCCUUGACGGAAGACUCGAGCUUCUCGACCUCCUCCUCAAGGAGCUGGUUGCGGUGGUUGAGGGAUGUGAUCUCCUGCUCCUUGGACAGGUUCUCCUGCUCCAGGGUCUUGACCUUGGUCUUGAGCUCCUCAACCUGUUCGUGGGCCUCGUCGGCCUCCAAACGGAGGGCGUUCAUACGCU